UCACAUGCCGUAACUUUAUCCACCAUAAAUGACAAAUCUCUAAAUUGAGGUUAGGUGAAAUUGUCAAUUUGAAAACUUUCUUUAGUGAGCAGUUGAUUAUUAUUAAAAAUGUUGAGGAACAUUCUUAAAACAUACAGUGUUCGAGUUUAUUUACGGCUACGCCAAUUUUCAAGUGUGCAAGACAAACCUGUUGAAAUUGCUAUUUCAACAAAAUCUGAUUAUGAUUUAUUGGAUACUCGAACUGUUCCAAACGAUGAUACCAUCAACUCUAAAGAACUAGAACCAGAAUCUUCAGUCUUAGAGCCGUGUAAAGAGGACAUCUCAUAUGUGGCUCCUUAUUUAAGACCAAGCUUCAAUUUUGCUGCAUAUGUUAAUAAAUCAGAAACGUUACAAAAAUUGGUACAACUAGGUGUUGAGCUCUAUAAAUUAGAGAAAAAGCCUGAAGUCCCUCCGUACCUUUUGCAAUUAGAUUUUGAAAAGGAUAUUAAAAGACAUAUAAUUUUUUUGACUGAUUUGGGGCUACAGACUGAAGAUUUAGGGUGGAUGAUCACAAAGAACCCGUUCAUUUUUAAAGAAGAUUUAGACAAUUUGGAAGUGAGGAUUAAUUAUCUCAAGUUUAAGAAAUUUGACAAAGAUAUGAUUUUAAGGAUUGUUCAGGAUAAUCCCCACUGGCUCAGUUUCAGUACGCAAGAAAUUGACAAGAAGUUGGGAUUUUUUCAAAAAAGUUUUAGAUUAACUGGAAAUGAAGUUAGGAGUCUUACUGUGAAAAAACCAAGAUUAAUAACAUAUGAUACCAACCAUAUUAAAGUCAUUACCUUUGUUAUUAAAGAGGAAAUGGGUUUUACUUCUGAAGAAACUAAACAAAUUUUACUACAAAGGCCAAAAAUUUUCAUGAAGAGCCAAAACGCAAUAUUGAAAACAUUUGAAUACAUACACAAAGAAAUGAAUAUUCCUUUAGAAACAAUCGCCAAAAUGCCCCAAAUUCUAACUUGCAGAGAGUUUAGGAUAAAACAGAGACACCUGUUUCUGAAAAAGCUAGGCAAACUUCAAUUUGAUCCCAAACAACCCAAUUAUAUUUCUUUAAUUUCACUGGUUUCACAGUCAGAUGCACAUUUCGCUACAGAAGUCGCAGGAUCUUCAAUCAACGCGUUUAACGAAUUUCUCAAAUCAUUGUAAAAAUUGUAAAUAAAAAAUGUUUGUA